AAGUGAACCCCACUUAGUACAUUAUAUAAUGAUCUCACUUUCGUCAUCAACUAUACUAAACAAUUCAAUGAAUAUCAUAUCGAGAGACUAAUCAUAGAUAUGAAAAUCGAGGUGAAGUGGUGCGGCCGGCGGCAGAGACUCCGGCGGCCUGCCUGUGGAGUUCCAGUGUAGACUUGGUGGUGCCGAAUUUCCACACCCCCAGCGUCUACUUCUACCGCCCCACCGCCGCGGUAGACACAACAGCAAUGAGGGCGGCCCUCGGCCGCGCAUUGGUGCCGUUCUACCCCAUGGCGGGGAGGCUUAAGGUUGAUGAGGACGGUCGGAUUGAGAUUGAUUGUAACGCUGAGGGCGUGCUGUUUGUGGAGGCCGAGGCCGACGGUGCGGUGGAUGAUUACGGUGAUUUUGCUCCGAGUUUAGAGCUCUCCCGCCUCAUUCCGCUGGUGGAUUACUCUCAGGGAAUAUCCGCAUUCCCUCUUCUCGUGGCGCAGGUGACAUUUUUCAAAUCUGGUGGAGUCUCCUUAGGUGUGGGAAUACAUCACCGUGUGGCAGACGGAUAUUCCGGGCUUCACUUCAUCAACACAUGGUCUGAUAUGGCUCGGGGGCUAGACAUGACCCUCCCGCCAUUCAUAGAUCGGACCCUUCUCCGGAUGCGCAACUCCCCUCGGCCCCAAUUCGAGCACAUCGAGUACCAUCCCCCACCGGCCAUGAAGAUUACAACAACUCAUCGAGGUAAGGAUGAGCUAGUGGUUUCGAUAUUCGAGCUAGUGGUUUCGAUAUUCAAGCUAGCGCGCCAACUACUGAAUGCUCUGAAAACCAAGUCCAAGGAGGAGGGCGACUUGGUGAAUUAUAGCUCCUAUGAACUAUUAUCGGCCUACAUAUGGCGUUGCGCCUGCAAGGCGCGCGCUCUACCACAUGACCAACUCACAAAGCUAUACACCGCAGUAGAGGGGCGGUCAAGGCUCCAGCCCCCGCUCCCUCCUGGUUACUUUGGCAAUGUCAUCUUCAAUGCUACGCCAGUAGCCUUGGCAGGGGACCUGGAGUCUAAGCCCCUCUGCUACGGCGCUAGUAAGAUCCAUAAUGGAUUGGCCAGAAUGGAUAAUGACUACUUGAGGUCGGCUCUGGAUUACUUGGAGAUCCAGCCCGACCUCACCCAACUUGUUCGGGGGCCCCACACCUAUUGCUGCCCUAACCUCGGGAUAACCAGCUGGGUGAGGCUCCCGGUCCACGAUGCUGAUUUUGGCUGGGGAAGGCCCAUCUUUAUGGGGCCCGGUGGCAUAGCGUACGAAGGUCUGGCCUAUGUUUUGCCUAGUCCGACCAACGACGGGAGCCUAUCCGUAGCCAUUUCCUUGCAGGCGGACCAUAUGAAGGUCUUUGAGAAAGUGCUCUAUCAGAUUUGAAUUGCCAAUGUAUAACUUAUGUUUAUCAUCUUUAAGGAUUUUAUUUCUAUGCUUCAAUUCCAUUUUGGUGUUUAAUUCU